AUGAACACAACAAAUGACAACUUAGCCACUCCCACCACCUGGCAAGACACUGAAGGUGAUUUUCCCAACUGCACUGAUGUGGAAGUUGGUCUGAAGACUUUGUACCACCCCAUCAUGUACGGCAUCAUCUUCCUUGUGAGCUUCCCAGGAAACAUCAUUGUGAUUUAUGUUUACAGCUUCAAGAUGAGGCCUUGGAAGAGCAGCACCAUCAUAAUGCUGAACCUUGCACUCACAGACCUGCUCUACCUCACCAGCCUUCCCUUCCUGAUACACUACUAUGCCAGCAGGGAGCACUGGAUCUUUGGUGAAUUCAUGUGCAAGUUCAUCCGCUUUGGCUUCCACUUCAACUUGUUCAGCAGCAUCCUCUUCCUCACCUGCUUCAGCACUUUCCGCUACAUGAUGAUUGUCCACCCUAUGAAGUUCUUCCACAUCCAGAGGAAGUGGUGGGCAGUGGUUGCUUGCACAGGCAUUUGGGUGAUCUCACUGGCAGCUGUCAGCCCUGUCAACUUCUUGAUCUCCUCAAAAAAGGCACAAAACAGAUCCUUAUGCCUUGAUCUUACCAGCUCUGAAAACCUGGGCACAAUCAGGUGGUAUAACUGGCUGCUGACUGGCCUGGCCUUCUUCUUGCCCUUGCUGAUGGUGACUCUGUUCUAUGCACUUAUUUACACCUUGGCUACUGGGCCCCACACACGGGCUUGCUACAAGCAAGAGGCUCGCAGACUUGCUGUCAUCCUAUUGGUGGUCUUCUAUGUAUGCUUUCUCCCCUUCCACAUCUUUCGGGUGGCUUGAGUUGAGCUACGGUUGUGUCCAGUCAGCUGUCACGUGGAGAAGCAAAUCCACUCUGCCUAUAUCAUCUCUCGGCCACUGGCUGCACUCAACACAUGUGGCAACCUACUCCUUUAUGUCGUGAUCCGAGGUAACUUCCAGCAGGCCAUCCUCUCAAGGUGGAAGUGA